AGGGCGGGCUUGCGCAUGCGCCGCGUGACACCCAGCGGCCCGCAGGAAGAGGUGCUGGCGGUCGAGGCUCCGAUGCGCUUGCGCAGUAGCUGGAUGCGGGCGUUGCUUGCCUCCUCCCCCCCCUUUUUUUUUCCUCCGAUUGGUUCUGAGGGGUCUAUUCGAGUUACAAAAUGGCGGCCCCGAGCGCUCUAUUCACCGUUCAGUAGCUGGGCGGAUGUCUCUUCUCGGUGUCGGACUCAGAGACACACAACUCCCGACUUCUGCUGAACACGAAGUCCCUGAAGGCGCUCAACACACCGGAAUCUCCCAGCGGCCCCGACCGCCGCCUCGGCCCAGCUCGCCGCGGCGUCGGAACUCAGCGUGAUCUGCGGCGGCAGCCUAGGUUCACAAAAAUGGCGAAGAGAGUUGCGGAGAAGGAAUUAACAGAUAGGAAUUGGGAUGAAGAAGACGAAGUUGAAGAGAUGGGAACAUUCUCGGUGGCCAGCGAGGAAGUCAUGAAGAACAGAGCCGUAAAGAAGGCAAAGCGUAGAAACGUUGCAUUUGAAUCCGAUAGCGGAGGAGCCUUUAAAGGCUUCAAAGGUUUGGUUGUGCCUUCUGGAGGAGGAGGGUUUUCUGGAUUUGGUGGCUCUGGAGGGAAGCCUCUGGAAGGACUGACAAAUGGAAACAGCACAGACAAUGCCACACCCUUCUCCAGUGCAAAGACAGCAGCAGAGCCCAAGGCAGCCUUUGGUUCUUUUGCUGUGAAUGGCCCUACUACCUUGGUGGAUAAAAAGAUUUCGAGUCCCAAAUGCAAUAGCAGCAACCAGCUGCCCUCGUCCGGCCCUGCUUCCAGUACUGCCUGCACUGGGAACACCUAUCACAAGCAGUUGGCUGGCUUGAACUGCUCUGUCCGCGACUGGAUAGUGAAGCAUGUGAACACAAACCCGCUUUGUGACCUGACGCCCAUUUUCAAAGACUACGAGAGAUACUUGGCGACGAUCGAGAAGCAGCUUGAGAACGGAGGUAGCAGCAGUUCUGAGAGCCAGACGGACAGGGUGACGGUUGGAAUGGAUCCUCCUUCCCUUUUUGGUUCAACAAAACUACAGCAAGAUUCACCAUUUUCAUUUCAUGGCAACAAAGCGGAGGACACAUCUGAAAAGGUGGAGUUUACAGCAGAAAAGAAAUCGGACACAGCACAAGGAGCAACAAGUGCCUCGUUUAAUUUCGGCAAGAAAGUUGAGAGCUCAGUUUUGGGCUCGUUAAGCUCUGGCUCUCUAACUGGGUUUUCCUUCUCUCCCGGAAACACUAGUUUAUUUGGUAAAGAUGCUGCCCAGAGUACAGCAGCCUCUUCACCAUUCUCUGCUAAAGCAUCCGAGAACCAAGCAGGAGGCAGCAGCAGAGAUGGUGAAGAAGAAGAGAACGAUGAGCCACCCAAGGUGGUGGUGACUGAAGUGAAGGAAGAGGAUGCUUUCUACUCCAAAAAAUGUAAACUAUUUUACAAGAAAGACAAUGAAUUUAAAGAGAAGGGUGUAGGGACUCUGCAUUUAAAACCCACAGCAACUCAGAAGACCCAGCUCUUGGUGCGAGCAGACACCAACCUAGGCAACAUACUGCUGAAUGUUCUGGUUCCACCCAAUAUGCCGUGCACACGAACAGGGAAAAACAACGUCCUUAUCGUCUGUGUCCCCAACCCCCCACUUGAUGAGAAGCAGCCCGCUCUGCCGGCCACCAUGCUGAUUCGGGUGAAGACGAGCGAGGAUGCCGAUGAACUGCACAAGAUUUUACUGCAGAAAAAGGAUGCCUGAGCACUGAGGCUGACCAAGGCAUGUUGCCACGUUGCUGCUUCCCCUCUGCCCCCAACUUAGUCACAUUCUUUCCUCUUCUACUGUGACAUUCUGAGAACUUCUAGGUAACUUGAACUUUUGUGAGGAAGAUUAAGGCCAAUAAAUCCUUUCAGUGUAUCGAAGCUCUUCUCCCUUCCUAAGAACUAAGCAAAAUACAUUGGAGUGAAAAGUUUGGGAAGAUUUUUUUUAAUGUUGAUUCAUUGAGUAAACUAACCUAAGUGAUUCUUAAUGGACUAUAAUCAGGGUACCAGUGAGCUCUCCGAAGGCUCCCUCAGGCAGCCGUGGGUGCCACUCUGCCUUCCCCGGGAGACCCAAUGGCAGUGUCCCCUCCUGUGGUCUUGUCUGCUCUGUGACUAGGACUCCGGCCAAAUGGCACACCCCACCGCCGCACUGUGACCGCACUUGCCCUGUUUCCUUCUGAGCUGAGCUGUGGGUUCUGGGAGUCUGUUUGUCAUCGGCCUGGUUUUGACCUUUGACCUGGAGCUGCCUGACUGAACCAGGAACUGCCCUUCUGUGGGAAAGGGCAUGAGUCGUGGCUCGCGGAGUGGGGGCUGGCGGGGUACAGCCUGGGUUUGUAGGUACUCAUGAGGUGCUCUUACCUGCUCACCUCUCUAGUUAACAUGGACGGGGACUGUCAGGAAUAAUGGAUUUUAUUAAAAGCACAAAUUUGGUAGUGUUUUUAUAUCAUUUCUAUACCACAAACAAGCCUUUAUUUUAAAAGAAAAAAGUGAAAUCGUGCUGUAGAGGGUUGUGUGCUUACGGCCGUUUGUGCCCUGGUGAGCCUGUGAGCCCCGUGGGCACAGUCUGAAUGGAGACCUCUCAGGAGCCGUGCUCGCCUGAGAAGCAAGAGUGUAGGAGUGGAAGACGGCUCAUUUGGCCUGUAGCUUCAGGUAGCAGCAUGUUAUUUGACGUCUGAAAAAAACAUUUUUAUUUUUACUUUUUAAAGGAUGAGGUAUUAUUGAGUAUGUCCAUUUGGAAGAGAGCCAUGGUGCUGCACGCCAUUCAUGUCACUUCAGAGCGGUGAGGUCUAGCAUUCUUUGAAGACCAGACAUGAGUUAAAUGCGAGAUUGGAUGGUGAGCUGGUCAGGGUUCAUGCCUAAUCUCACUGCUGGAAACCCUGAGGCAGGAAGAUCAUGCGAGUUCACACAGCCUGAGCUACGUAGUAAGACCCCCCCCCAAUAAAAUAAAAUAAAAAGUUUGACUGUCUAAAGUUCCACUUUCAUUUCUCAUAAAAGCAUUUGAUACUAGGAGCAGAUCUUGUCUGAAGGCUCAGGGUCAGUACCCAGGGGUGUGCGCUUGUAUGCUCAGAUAGUAGCACAUGGGUCCCACCUGGGCAAACAGUCACAAAAACUGGAUGGCACAGUUACUUUCUUAAAGCUGCAUUGCCAGGUGGGAUGAAGCCUGGUUGACUUUUAUUUUCAUAUGAGUCUUAGUCUCACUAUGUAACCCUGGCUAGCCUUGAACUCAGAUCCACCUGCCUCUGCCUACUGAGCCCAGGGCUGUUGUUGAGGUGGGGUGACUGCUCUGCUGAGCAUUUUGGCAUGUAUCUGCCGAUGUGUGUGUGUGUGCUUCCUGGGCUGUGCACCUAAGGAGGUGCUACGCGUUUAUUUGCCUUUUAGCAUGGAGAAUUGGUUCCUAGCAAGCAAGCUGCUGCUUCUGUUGUCACUGGCCCUGGCCUGUUCACACUGGGCUUGCCUAGCUUUCCAAAGAUGAAAUGAGGGGUAUGCAUUUCAGAACAGUACUGUGUAGCCACAUGCCUGUGGGGCUGACAAGUGUCAGCCUCACAGGCACUUUCAGGAACUUGUCUCUUCAUGGUGGCAGUGCUCUGUGAGCAUCUGCCCACGCCUUGAAUAUUUACCAAAAGAAUAAAAGCAAAAAAGGUUGUGACUGCAUUGUUUUCUAAGGCUCCCCAGCCGAUUUUAAUUGUAAAUUAGUGAGUGUGGCUCUUUUUUCUAACAUUCCAAGCAACAGUUUGCUGCUAAAGACUAUCAUCUUUGGGAGUGAGAAUCACAGGGGAGAUGUGUGGUAUGACUGUAACUCAGUGUCUUGCCUUUAUGCUUUAGGAGCUAGCUCAGUGCAUCUGACCUGAGUAUGGGAGUCACUAUGAAGUCUGCGUGUCACAGGGAGGCCCCUGGAGGGCGCUCUAUUCUUCCUCCACUGUGUUUGUAGCUGGUUCCAACCCAUGGCUUAAACUUCAUUUAUGUUUUAACAUGUUAGAAACUUGCCUGUUGUGUGUUUAAUGUGAACUGAGGUGUGUAUCUCCAAUUUGAAAAUCAAAACUUGUGUCUUAUAUUUGCCUGAAGGAAGUGUGUGUUCUCUGUGGUCAGGGUGCAUCUAGCAGAUGCUAAACCCAGGCCUUCCCACACUGUAUUUCACAAUUUCACACAUUCCCAGCCCUGCCCUGUCCUCCUCAGAGAGCCACACCGUACAACUGUGGCUGUUAGUGACAGGUCCGACUGUUGGUGGGCUGAUUUUCUGUUUCACCAUUUCAGUUCUAAAUCCUAUUUUUUACAUGCUGUGUGCCAAAAAAAAAAAAAAAAAAAAAAGUACCUCCUAUGGCAUAGAGGGGAGUUCCACCUUGCUGGCAGGGAAAGCCCUUUUCCCUGCCUUUUAAACAGCAGGACGUCUGUUCUUGCUAGUUUGUUCAUUAUGUUACUAUUUCUGAAGAUGAGAAACCGCCCCUUGAGGCUGCAGAGUGCCCACUUAGACCACUGGAGUGGGACCUUAAGGAAAUGACCUAUUCUGUCACUUGUAGGUGAGGUUGGGAGUUCUAAUAGCCCCAUGCUCUGUACACGGCCACUGAGUGCUCCCCAGAAGCAAUCACAAGACUGAGGUCUGUCCUUUAACAUAGUUUUGUAAAGGGGACGUAAGCUUAGCAAUCACAUGGAAUAAUCUGCUUUCUACUUUGAACAGGAACGUGUUUUCUAAAGCUAAAAUACUUGAAUUGUCAGGCAGUAUAAUCUCAGUGUGUGUUAGCUUUUGAAUGAGCCUUUAAGGAAGUGUAACAAUCCAUGAAAUGUGAAUAAAUGGAAAGUUUAAAUACC